AUGUUUGCAGUAGGUGUUACUGAUCAUGUACUUGAUAGAGAGUUACUUGAAAUUGCUAAUAAUAAAAAAGAUAGAGUUUUUAAAGUAACUGGUUUUAAAGAACUUAAUAAUAGACUUAGAUCGGCAAUUCAAAAAGUUGCCUGUACAGGUAGUAUUCCAGAACAAACUUAUGAUAUUGGACCAUGUGAUCCAGAAUCUAAUAAAGGUUGUCCAGGCUCAUUAAAUCAAGUUUGUAAAUUGAUUAAUGGUAAAGCGGAAUGUGUAUGCCCAGAAGGGUUUGACAAAAAUCCUGUUACUGGUGUUUGUGGUGGACAACCUUGUAAUCCUGAUCUCUAUACUACAUGCCCUGAUCCAGAAGUAUGUAAAAUUACUCCAUAUGGAAAUUAUCUUUGUACUUGUCCAUCAUUUUAUGGUAGAAGUCAAGGUACUGGAGUUUGUAUUACUCCACCACAAAAAACAGAAGUUACAUAUAAAUGUGAUCCAAGAACAUGUUCUGGUGAAGGAGAAACUUGUCAAAUUGGAAAAAAUGGUGAAAGUAUUUGUGGAUGUAAAAAAGGAUAUGAAAGAAAUCCAAAAUCAGGAAAAUGUCUUCCUGAGGGAUGUUGUGAUCCAAAUGAUAUAAAUAGUUGUGAUGCAAGAAAACAUGAAAAAUGUUUACCAGAUGUUUUAAGAAAAGGAAUAUUUACUUGUCAAUGCCCACCAAAUGGUCAUCGUGAUCCAAUUACAGAUAUUUGUCUUCUUGAUGAAUGUUAUUCACAAGAUAAUACAUGUUCAAAAAAUGCUGAUUGUACAGAUACACUUGAAGGUUAUAUUUGUACUUGUAGAGCUGGAUAUAGAGAUGAAUCACAAGAUAUUAAAAAUGCACCUGGUAGAAUAUGUGUUGGAACAGAAAAUGAAUGUCUUUCUGGUAGACAUAAUUGUUCUGUUAAUGCUGAUUGUAUUGAUACAAGAGAUAGUUUUAUUUGUAAAUGUAAAGAUGGAUUUAUUGAUUUUAGUCCAAAUCCAAGAUCUUUUGGUGGUGUUGAUUGUCGUGAAUUGAUAGAUGAAUGUGCCAAUGAUGAAUUAAAUAAUUGUCAUAAAGAUGCUAUAUGUAUAAAUACAAAUAAUGGAUAUGAAUGUAAAUGUAAAAAUGGAUUUGUUGAUAGAAUACCAUUUACAAAUAUUGGUAGAGAUUGUAAAAAAAUUAAUGAUUUAUGUGAAAGUGGUAAAAAUAAUUGUGAUAAAAAUGCUAAAUGUAUAGAAGUUGGUGAUGAUUCUUAUAAAUGUAUCUGUAAUGGUGGUUUUAUAGAUAAAUCUAAACCAGGUGAAAAAGAAGGAACAAAAUGUUUAGAACAAAUAUGUCAUGAUAAAUCAAAGUUUAAUUGUCAUGAAAGUGCUAUAUGUAUUGAGAGUGAUGAGUUUCCUGAAAAAUAUACUUGUAAAUGUAGAAAUGGUUAUGUUGAUGAAAAUGAAUCUAAUCCUGGUAGACAAUGUAAAGAAUUAAUUAAUGAAUGUUUAGAUUCAUCAUUAAAUGAUUGUGAUCCAAUAGCAACGUGUACAGAUUUACCAAAUGGAUAUACUUGUCAUUGUCCACUUGAAGCUAAAGAUAUUUCACCUGAUACAACUACAAAACCAGGAAGAAAAUGUUUCCCACUUAUUAAUGAAUGUUCAUUACCACAAUUAAAUAAUUGUUCACGUUUUGCUGAUUGUAUUGAUACUGAAUCUUCAUAUGAAUGUAAAUGUAAAUCUGGUUAUGCUGAUCAAGAUUUAUCAAAUCCUGGUACUAAUUGUAAAUUUAUUAUUAAUGAAUGUGCUGUGGCAAAUCUUAAUGAUUGUCAUAAACAUAGUGAAUGUAUUGAUACAGAUUCUGGAUAUACAUGUAAAUGUAAAGAUCCUUAUAAAGAUGUUAUGCCAUCAAAUCCAGGUAGAAAAUGUUUAUUUAAUGAAUGUGAAUCUCCAUCAACAAAUGAUUGUGAUGUAAAUGCUGAAUGUAUUGAUACAGAUGAUAGUUAUAUUUGUCGAUGUAAAGAUGGUUUUUAUGAUGGAACCAAAAAUCCAUCUACAGCUGGUAGAGAAUGUCUCAAAUUUGUAACAACACCACCAGUACAAUCUGAACCACAGGUAACAACACAUAAUCCUGAUCUUAUACCAUGUGGAAAUGGUUUUUGUAAGAUAAGUUUAGGUGAAGUAUGUAUUGGAGGAACAACAUGUGGUUGUAAACCAGAUGAAGAUAAAAAUGUAGAAACAGGAAAAUGUGAAAAAGUUAAUAAAAAUCCAAUUGCAAUUAGAAUUGUUGCCAAAGAAACUGAAAGUGGAAAACCAAUUAAUUUACAUUAUUCUUCAGAAUAUGGUUCUAAACAAAAUCCAACAUUUAUUGAUAUAGUUGAUAAAUUUGUUAAAGGACUUGGUGAUACAAUUCAUAGUACACCAACAAUUUCUCCAAAAUAUAUUUCAUCAAGUGUUAAUUAUAUUACAAAUCCAAAAGUUGAAAAUCCAGAUUGGGAUCAAGGAUUAUUAGUUAAUGCUUCUGUAAAUACAAAAGAUCCUGUAGAUAAAUGUGUUUUAUUUAAAGAAAUUGAAGAAUCUGUUAAAAAAACAAAUCUUAAACUUGGAGGAGGUAAUCUUGUAGUAGCUUCAGAUAUAGAUCAAUUAAAUCCAUGUAAAACUGCACCACCACCAAAAGGUAUACCUUGUGGAGAAAAUAAUUAUUGUAAAGAGGAAUUAGGAGAAAUUUGUAUUGCUGGUCGUAUUUGUGGUUGUCCAAAUGGACAAAAAAGAAAAUCUAUUGAUGGAGAAUGUAAAAUUGUUGAAGGAAUCAAUUUACCAUUAUGGGUUGCCAGAGAAGGCCAAACACCAAUAAAAUAUGAUAAUAAAAUUCAUGGAAAUCCUUUAGAUGAAGAAAAUAAAAGAUUAACAACAGCUUUUGAAAAAGGAAUUGGAGAAAGUUUUGAUAAAAUACCAGACUUAAAAAAUCAAUUUAUUACCUCUGAAGUUAAUGAUAUAGAAAAUCCUACAAAAAUAAAUGAUACAUGGGAUUCUGGAAUUUUAUAUAAUUUUACUACUUUCUUUACCAAAGGUUCUGCUGACACACCAAAACAAAUAUUUUCAAAAUUAAUUAAUUAUAUAAAAGAACAAAAUAAUGAUGAAGUUGGAAAAUCAAAUCUUUUUAUUAAUCCUAAUUCUCCAGAUCCAUUUAAUCCAUGUUAUAAUGCUAAAUGUCAUUCUAAUGCUGUUUGUAAGGCUGUUGGAAAUUCAUUUAUAUGUAGUUGUGGAGAAGGAUAUAAAGAUAUUAAUCCAGCUACACCAGGACAAGUAUGUGUUUCACUUAAAAAUUUCAAUGAAUGUGAAAGAAAAGAAGAUAAUGAAUGUGAUAUUAAUGCACGUUGUAUUGAUUUAGUUGAUGGAUAUAGAUGUGAAUGUAAAAUUCCAUAUGUUAAUGAUGAAAAAGAAGGAAAAAUAUCUGGAUCUUCUUGUAAAUUAGAUUAUUGUAGUGAUGUUAAUUAUUGUCCAUUAAACUCAACAUGUGUUAAUAAAAAAGAUGAAGCUGUUUGUGAAUGUAACAAAGGAUAUAUAGAUUUAAAAGAGGAGGCAAGAAAACUUGAAGCUGCUGGUGUUAAUAUAAAUAAAAAAUACCUUCUUCAUGGUAGUGAAGGUGAUCUCGUUAUUGCUCCAGUUAAAGAUGUUUCUAUUAAAGAAGUAUCAUUAGAUUCCCCAUCAAGUAAUGAUAAGAUUUGUAUUAAUGCUGCUGAUGUCAAUGAGUGUGCUCUUGGAUUACAUGAUUGUAAUCCCGCAGCAACAUGUAUUGACUUGAAAGUUGGAUACACAUGUAAAUGUAAUGAAGGACAAGAUGAUAUGAAUCCACAAAAUCCUGGUCGUGUAUGUGCUGAACCAGUUUGUGGACAAUGUCAUUUACAUGGUGAUUGUAUUACUGACUCUAAAACUGGAAACAUUACAUGUGCUUGUUUUGAAGGAUAUACAGGUGAAUUUUGUGAACUUUCCUCAGCAGCAGCCUCAACAAUUUUCUGGAUCAUUCUUGCUCUCCUUUUCUUACUUUUAACAUUACUUUGUUGUUUGUAUAUGUGUCUUAAAACUCGUUGCUUCAGAGGAAGUCCAUUGUCCAAAUCAAGUUUAAGUGGCCAUGAAGAAAUAUUGGGUGGUGAAGAUUUCUAUACAAUUCCAAGAGCUAAAUUAAAGCCAGCAUACGGUAUGAAUGAUUCAUUUAGUAAUGCAAAUGCCUUAGAAAGAUAUCUUGAAGGUGAUGAAAUGUCUAUGAAAUCUGGAGAUUCAAUUAUUGAGAGAAGAGUAAUUACUGAUGUAAGUGUCAAAGAAACAACAACAACAAGAAUUCAAGAUGAAAAUGGUGAAACACAUGAAGAAACAACAGUCAGUUAUUUACCAGGAAAUAGAACUGUAGAUUAUGGGCAUAAAGCACAAUCGUCUGGUAGUCAAUAUGAAGCCACACAUGAAGCAUACGAAGAUGACUCAGAAAAUGAAUACUUUGAUACUGAAAAAGUAGAUAAAACAACAAAACAUUUUAGUGAGCAUGGAAGGGACAACCAAGGUGAUUUUGAAAGAUUUAAAAAUGAAACGAGUACUAGAUCUGUGGUUGAAGAAAAGAAAUAUUAUUAA